AUGUCUUCAUACAGGAAGGCCGCAAAAGAGUCUGGAAAAAAUAAGAAGGGAAAUGACUCUGAUUUGGAAGACAUGAUUUCCAGGGAGACUUCACCUUCAUCAAGUGAGAAAAAGACACCUAAAUCAGUGACUCAUAAGGUUUUGGAAAAUGCAGGUGGCUCAGAGAAGGUAAAACUCUCUGUUCAGAAUUUCCAACACAGUAAUUACGAUGAUCUUUUUAAAGAUGCUACAGAAAGUGAGAGUGAGGGCACCCUCGCCACGGGUGGCUUGUUUCUCAGAGACAAGUGGAGCAGUGAGGAUGAAGAGCUUCCUGGACCAUCCCAGACUGUCCCGCCUCAGCUUGCCGGUAUACGAAUUGUUUCUGAAAGGGAGCUAGCUCAGUUGGCUCAGGUUCGACCAUUACUAUUCAAUUUUCAUGAGCAAUCAAUCAUCAAGGAUUGUUUUAAAAUGCUUAAGAAAAAAGUAGCAGAAUAUGAAAUCCUCCAUGAAUUUAUGGUAAAUAUUUUGGUCUUAACAAAAGUCUAA